AUGCAUCUAGGUACAUUGGAGUGGCCAAUUCAUUGCGUGAAUCACGUUAAAAGGAGUGAUCGUGUCGACUUUAUGAAGUUGUUCUGGUUCCACUUUUUCCCCGGAUACUUUCUAUUAUCCAAAUGGGUUCUCCAGCAGUAAUUAUCUGUGUAUUUGCUCUAGUUGGCUGGGUGGUCUAUCGUUGCAGCAGAAUCGGUGCAAGGGAGUCGUACCUCCCUCCUGGACCACCUACAAUACCUCUGCUUGGAAAUUUGCUGGACUUUCCGACAUCUUAUGCCCACCUCCAAUUCACCGAAUGGGCCAAACAAUAUGGAGAUAUAUAUUCGUUGAAACUGGCGACUAGUAACAUUAUUGUAAUAUCUAGUGCGAAGAUGGCUCGCGAUUUUCUAGAGCUCAGGGGAUCAACGACGGCGGAUCGCCCCCCAUCGCACGUUGCUAAGAUUGUUUAUGGCGAAUAUGAGCUCGUAUUUGCCAGGCAUGGUCCCGUAUGGCGGAAACUCCGUCGAGUAAUCCACGAGAUUCUUACUCGUGAGAAGUGUGCCCAACACGUGGCCGUUCAGAAGGCUGAAGUGUCUCAACUGAUGUAUGACAUACUAGAACGCCCUGAGGACUUCUACACUCAUACUCGACGCUUUGCUGCAUCUGUCAUCCUGGCAGUUGUCUUCGGGAUCCAUUGUCCUACGUAUGAGAACGGUUUUGUUGCCAAACUCUACAGCACUCUUUGGGAGUGGGAACAAGUGAUCAGACCCGGUGGUGUCCCUCCCGUAGAUAUCUUUCCGAUCUUGAAAUACGUACCAGAAAGGUGGGCGGCAUGGAAGGCUCUCUGCAGGGACAUUCGCAAGAACCAACGAAAAAUAUUCUUCGGCCUUUUAGAUAUAUGCGAAGACCGGAUGAACCAAGACAGGCGCAAUGACUGUUUUCUUGAACAUGUCUUGGACAAACGAGAGGAGUAUGGACUAGAUUGUGAAAUGAUUGCUUAUGUUGGUGGUACACUACUUGAAGCUGGUACGGAGACUUCGGCUGUCAAUAUUCAGUCCUUCCUCGAAAUCGAUGAUGUCGUCGGACCCUCAAGAACACCAGAGCUUGAUGAUCUUGACGGAUUACCAUAUGUUCGAGCUAUAAUCAAGGAGGUCUUCCGCUUGCGACCGAUAGGGCCCACUGGCGUCCCUCAUGCGACCACCGCAGAUGAAAGAAUCGGACCAUAUGUAAUCCCAAAGGGAACGACGAUCUUCGUCAACCUAUGGGGUAUCUUCCGCGACGAAGAGCUGUAUGACAACCCGCACCAAUUCAACCCGAAUCGCUUCUUGACAUCAAAAUUUGGAACGAAACCUGGCGCUGACACCACAGGAUGCCGAAAUGAUCUAGUCUUCGGAAGUGGGAGGCGUAUUUGCCCUGGUCUCCAUUUGGCUAACAACUCUAUUUCCAGCAAAGGAUCCUGCCACAGGGGAGAUUAUUCCAGUCAAUUUUUCUGAUAAUGCCGACUCUAUUCUCUUAGUACCGAAACCAUUCAAGUGUGAGAUAACGGCUCGAGAUCCCCAUAAAGCUGAAAUCAUUAGAGCUCAAUUCGCGGCGGCCAAGUCUACGUUCGACCAUUUCGAACACGAGCACGCACUAAAGAUAUGAGGUUCGAUGUGUAACUUUAGUACUAUGAAGUCGGGAGCCAGCGUUAUCGCUUACAUACGCUUUCUUCCGUUGUCUCCUGUUAUUCUAGAGUAUCCAUUUGUCUUCUUCGGACUAACUUGACGUGACUGUCAUCCACUCUUGGCUAUCUAUAUCACAACGGUCGGGUGUGUAUCAUAGAAAAAUAGUGCACACCUUGGAAGUUUGUCUUAGAACAACAUGCAGUGCGGAUUUCCGGCUGCAAUGAAAGGACCAGAGUACA